UGACAUAAUGAAAAUUAAAAAAAAAGUAAAAAAAAAAACCAAAUCUGUCAAAAAUGGAAAUAUAAAAAAAAUCUCAAAAUUUUGAAGUGUUUUGUCAGCCGUUUUUUUCGAAAUUCCCUUUAAGAUGCUCAAUUGAGUCCGAUGCAAACCUAACAGCCAAAAUUUUUAGUGAAGCAACUUAACAAUUUAAUCAUGGACAAACCAAGUAGCAGUAUUGAAGAACUAACACAUUUAAGCCUAGAAAGUAGCAGCUCGACUGAAUCCAAUGAGUCAAAGGAGAGUGAUAUCAGAGAGGCACUUAUCAGGCAAUUUUAUAAAACCAAUAUGAUUGUGGAAAAUCAAAUUUUUGGAUCUUGCUGCCAGCCUCCCCGUAAAUCCCCUCCUUUACAUUCCUGUGAGUCCCUUAAGGCCUUGAUCCAAAAAGACAGUUCCGAACUGUUACCGCACGAAUCCUGCAUCCCGUCGGAUCAAUGGCUCCUUGGCGGCCCUCUCGGUUCCCGGAACGCCAUCCUGGUGUUCCGCAGCUGCGCCCUGGCCGACCCCAACUCCCCAACCGACAAAGACAAACCCGCCAAGAAACUACACGUCACCUACAAAGUGCUCCAGGCGGAAACAAAACUGCUCUCGAAACUGUUGGACUGCCACGGAGUGACCGAGGUCGCUCCGAACUCCUCCGAUUUCAAUCUUUUAUGGACUGGAUCGCACCCGAAACCCGGAACGUUACGGGCUUUGGCGCCCCAUCAACGCGUGAAUCAUUUUCCGAGGUCCUACGAGUUGACACGCAAGGACCGAUUGUAUAAGAACAUCGAACGGAUGCAACACCAGAAGGGCCUGAAGCAUUUUGAUUUUAUACCGCAGACGUUUGUUAUGCCUACGGAGUUUAAGGAGUUGUGCUCAACGCAUCACAGGAUCAAGGGACCCUGGAUCGUGAAACCCGUGGCGUCGAGUCGGGGCAGAGGUAUUUUUAUCGUCGAGUAUCCGAAUCAGGUGCCCCUGGAGGAGCCCGUGGUAGUGGCCAAGUAUAUUUCGAACCCUCUCUUAGUCGCCGGUCACAAAUGCGACCUGAGGCUCUACGUGGUGGUGACCAGUUUUGACCCCUUAAUCGUUUACAUUUACGAGGAGGGUCUGGUGAGGUUCGCCACCGUCAAAUACGAUUCUAGUCAUAAGCAGCUGUGGAACCCAUGUAUGCACCUCUGCAAUUACAGUAUUAAUAAGUACCAUAGCGAUUACGUAAAAUCGGACGAUCCGAGUGCGGAAAACGUGGGUCACAAGUGGACUUUAAGCGCCCUACUGCGCCAUCUAAAGUCCGAGGGAAAGGACACCGCGCUGCUGAUGUCCCAGAUCGAGGAUGUCGUUAUUAAAGCAGUUUUGGCGCCGGGAAGUUCGAUUAUUAGCGCUUGUAAGAUGUUUGUGCCGCAUCAGAACAACUGUUUUGAGCUAUACGGUUUCGAUAUUCUGAUCGAUUCCAAUCUAAAACCGUGGCUGUUGGAGGUGAACCUGUCGCCCUCACUGAACUGCGAUAGUCCCCUCGAUGUCAGACUGAAAUCUGCGAUGCUGGCGGAUUUAUUAACUUUGGUGGGAAUCCCCGCGGUCGAUCCUAUCUUGAGACCGACCAGCACCGGCAACGUCACUGCCAAGAGCAGCAUGAGUUUGAAAAUGAAGCUAAGCAACUGUCGUAGAGUCCAUUCAGCAGACGGUCUGAGUAACACCUUCCCGAAAAAACAAACGCAAUCGAGCACCAACAGGCGAAUCUCGUCAGCCUCUCUGCAACCGACCCCGGAAGAAACCCGGAUUAUUAAAAACGCGCAGGCGCAAUUCAAGAGACGCGGGGGUUUCGUGAGAAUUUUCCCGGCGGUGGACAGCUGGGCCAAAUAUGCCCAAUACUUAGAUCCAUCCACGGGUAUCCCGAUUUCGGGAAUAGUCUCGAGCAGCUGCUACACGGUGUCCCAAGUGCACAACCACAAUUUACUUUUGUACUCGAAUUUGUUCCCCGAUAUGGUGCAGGUGGUGGUCAACAAACCGACUGAUUGUAAAUCGAUGCCGAAUAAUCCGAGAGCGCGAUUCACGUCAUUGGAUCGGGGGAGGAGGGACGUCCCCGCAGACAAUCAAAUGAUUGUUCCCAAAGUAACCGGAAGGCAGGAUAGAUACGAGCGUGCCUUGAGUGGGGGACACAAACAGGCCCUAGUGGCUCCUAGUAAGGUCACCAAGGAGGCGCACAGCGUUGAAAUGAGGCGAAAGAUUGUCGAUAUGUUAAAGUGCGGCAAGAAAAUUACCCAAUGCGAAGCCCGUAAAACAUUCAGUCAAUAUUUGGUCUGCAUUUUACGGAAAAUCGUCAGCUCGCCCGACCAGGACGACCACGUCGAGAUCGUUUUGAAAUUCUUACAAAAAGCUUCGAACUAUCUGAGAACACCGUAUGUAGUAAAGACUCCCAGCGCUAAAUUGGAGACGAAAGAUCGAGCGGCCAUCGUGGCUAAACAACUAAACGACUUUUUAUACUUGUACAAUCGGGAAACGGAUCUGUUUGUGGACAAGUCCGAUAAACCGAGUCAGAUCCCGAAAGAUUUGUAUCAAGAGUUUUUGGACCACGCCAGGGAAUGUGAUCUGGAGGAGGUACUGAUCCACCAGACGGCCCACGCGGUCACAAGCUACAACAGCAACUCGCCUGGAUUCCAGGGUUUCCUGAAAUGCAUCCCGAACGUGCCGAAACAGUACGGCCUCAAACCACCCUACAAACAAAACAAAUUAGUCAAGGGAACGAGCAGCUCAUGAAUGGUUUCUCCGAUUUUUUCCUACACCAUAUUAAAGCGCUUAUUGACUAUCAUGAUACCAAAUAAAUGUUGUACAUUUUUUUAUCAAUUAA